UUUACCUAAUCCUACAUUUUCGUUAAAAGGAUAAGAAAUUUCUCCGGCACUGACUCACCGUCUCCGACGACAUUUGUAUGUAAAAUCACCUCUUACUUCCUCAUUUCAGAAAGCUCCGAUCAAUGGCUGCAGUAGUGGCCAACAACUGCUUCUCCGUCUUCAAUUCCACCGUUAAAUUCCGCUCAUUUCCUUCCCGGAGCCGCUCGGCCACGUUGCAGCGAUCAACUGCUUCGCUCACUCCUAAAGCCAUCGGUGACCGGAGAACUGUUUCCGGCUCCAAACGACGCUCUUAUUCGGCCAAUUAUUCAUCCGGCAACUCCGACGUUGAGAGGGAAUCUACUGUACGUGAACCAUUUCUUCAACAAUCAAAAGAUGGCGUGCCACUGCUAUACCAGAGAGAAAACAAUGCUCGAAGAAAUCCAGGACGACUGCAGACAGCAGCAUUUAAAUCAUUUGGCAUGCAGAGGAAAGACGAGAAGGAGUUGGUUGAUGCAAUUGAGCCGCAGGUUGAACCAGGGAAUCUCCAAGAUGCAGCUUUCCUCAAUGCUGUUGUGAAGGUUUAUUGUACCCAUACUGCUCCAGAUUAUUCCCUCCCAUGGCAGAAACAAAGGCAGUAUACAAGUACUGGGAGUGCUUUUAUGAUUGGUGAUGGUAAACUUUUGACAAAUGCACACUGUGUAGAACAUGAUACACAGGUCAAAGUAAAGAAAAGGGGAGAUGAUACCAAGUAUGUCGCUAAGGUUUUAGCUAGAGGAGUUGAUUGUGAUAUAGCUUUACUUUCAGUUGAAAAUGAGGAGUUUUGGAAAGGAGCAGAACCACUAAAGUUUGGAAAUUUGCCUUGCCUUCAGGAUGCUGUGACUGUUGUGGGGUACCCCCUUGGAGGAGAUACUAUAUCAGUGACUAGGGGAGUUGUGUCACGUAUAGAGGUUACAUGCUAUGCUCAUGGAUCAUCAGAUUUGUUGGGCAUUCAAAUUGAUGCUGCUAUAAAUCCUGGUAAUAGUGGUGGUCCUGCAUUUAAUGACCAAGGAGAAUGCAUUGGAGUGGCAUUUCAGGUUUACAGAUCUGAAGAGGUUGAGAACAUUGGAUAUGUUAUUCCGACUACAGUUGUAUCUCAUUUUCUGAAUGACUAUGAGAGGAAUGGGAAAUAUACUGGUUUUCCUUCCCUUGGGGUUUUAUUGCAGAAGUUGGAAAAUCCAGCAUUACGUGCUUGUUUGAAGGUGAAGUCAAAUGAGGGUGUACUGGUGCGAAGGGUAGAACCCACAUCAGAUGCUAAUAAUGUCCUAAAAGAGGGAGAUGUAAUUGUUAGCUUCGAUGAAAUUAAAGUUGGAUGUGAAGGAACAGUACCUUUCCGAACAAAUGAGCGCAUAGCAUUUCGAUAUCUCAUUAGUCAAAAGUUCGCUGGUGAUGUUGCAGAGCUUGGUAUUAUCAGAUCAGGAGAGCUUAUUAAAGCUAAAGUGAUUCUCAACCCUCGCGUUCACUUGGUUCCCUGUCACGUUGAUGGUUGUCAGCCUUCUUAUCUAAUAAUUGCUGGCUUGGUGUUUACUCCACUCUCUGAACCUCUAAUAGACGAGGAAUGUGAAGAUUCUAUAGGGUUGAAGCUACUGGCGAAGGCACGCUAUUCCUUGGCAAAUUUCAAAGGGGAACAGAUUGUGAUCCUGUCGCAGGUCUUGGCGAAUGAAGUGAAUAUCGGAUACGAGGAUAUGGGGAAUCAGCAGGUUUUAAAAUUGAAUGGAAUUCGAAUCAGAAACAUUCAUCACCUAGCACACCUCGUCGACACCUGCAAGGACAAAUACUUGGUUUUCGAAUUCGAAGAGAACUACAUUGCUGUUCUCGAGAGGGAGACUGCUAUGUCAGCUUCGUCRUGUAUACUCAAAGAUUACGGUAUUCCAUCCGAAAGGUCCUCGGAUCUUUUGGAGCCAUUSGUAGAUUUGUUAGGAGAUGACAAAGGAACAGAAGAUCGGACAUAUGGUGAUAGCCCAGUUUCCAAUCUGGAAAUAGGCUUUGAUGGACUCCUUUGGGCAUAGUCACAGAAAAUAUUGCUACUUGAUCAAAAUUUUUACCCUGCAGAUGUGAUUUCAACGUUACAGGCCACUGGGAUCGGCUUGGAGUUGGCUCGACCGUGAUCAUCCCGUUUGUUAUCAUAGGUUAUGUUAUUGUAUUCUCUCCCUGUACUUUGAGUUGCAAUUUAUUUUUUUUGUUACUGAAUAAGGGGAGCAAAAGUUUUGCAGAAUAUGCUUGGAAUCAGCCAUUGAAGGCUCUAUAGAAUUGAUGUAACAAUAUUAACAUUAUUAGUUGGGUAAAAUACAUCAUUCUUUUUUUUUUUUUUA